CACACAGGAGUCGCAAGAUAGACUAAGGAGUCUCACAAACGAGGACUAGACCAACCCAGGCAAAAUGGUGAAAGUCGGUAUCAAUGGAUUCGGCCGCAUUGGUCGUCUGGUGACCCGCGCUGCUUUCCACUCCAAGAAGGUGGAGAUUGUGGCCAUCAAUGAUCCCUUCAUUGAUCUGGAAUACAUGGUCUACAUGUUCAAGUAUGACUCCACCCACGGCCGCUACCACGGUGAGGUCAAGAUUGAGGGUGACAAGCUGGUCAUCGAUGGACACAAAAUCACUGUCUUCCACGAGAGGGACCCCACCCAGAUCAAAUGGGGCGAUGCUGGUGCCCAGUAUGUGGUUGAGUCCACUGGUGUGUUCACCACCAUCGAGAAGGCCUCCGCUCAUCUGAAGGGUGGUGCCAAGAGAGUCAUCAUCUCUGCCCCCAGCGCUGAUGCUCCCAUGUUCGUCAUGGGUGUCAACCACGAAAAGUAUGACAAGUCCCUCCAGGUUGUCAGCAAUGCUUCCUGCACCACAAACUGCCUGGCUCCCCUCGCCAAGGUCAUCAAUGACAACUUCCACAUCAUUGAGGGCCUGAUGAGCACAGUCCACGCCAUCACUGCCACCCAGAAGACCGUGGACGGUCCCUCUGGUAAGCUGUGGAGGGAUGGCCGUGGUGCCAGCCAGAACAUCAUCCCUGCCUCCACUGGUGCCGCCAAGGCUGUGGGCAAGGUCAUCCCUGAGCUCAACGGUAAGCUGACUGGCAUGGCCUUCCGUGUCCCCACCCCCAACGUGUCAGUGGUUGACCUGACUGUCCGUCUGGAGAAGCCCGCCAAGUAUGACGACAUCAAGAAGGUUGUCAAGGCUGCAGCUGAGGGACCCAUGAAGGGAAUUCUUGGAUACACAGAGCACCAGGUCGUGUCCACAGACUUCAACGGUGACUGCCACUCUUCCAUCUUUGAUGCUGGCGCUGGCAUCGCCCUCAACGACCACUUUGUCAAGCUGGUCUCAUGGUACGACAACGAGUUCGGCUACAGCAACCGUGUCUGCGACCUGAUGGCCCACAUGGCUACCAAGGAGUAAAGCAACCAACUAACUGACUGCACAACACUACAUCACCAACAUUCUCCCAAUUCCAGAGUUAUGCAUUUACAAUCGGACAUUGUACAAUCUAUGACUCUGCCUGAUUCCAUUAGAUAGUUGACCCCGUUAUCUGCCUGAGGAAAGGUCCCACAUAACACAAAAAGCAUUGGUUUCAAUCAAUGACCAAGUUAUUUUUUUAUUAUUAAACCCCUCUUCUGGUCUAGCUUGAGAUGGAGUGAAGGUGUGAGAGUCUUUCGCUGUCUGUGGUACUCAGGUGCUACAUUCAGUGGUGGAAUAAAGUCCUCUGUUUGUGAGAUA